AUGGCGAUGGAACGAACUCGUAUUGCAAAGGUCGAGGACGUGAUACUUGCCCGACGAGGAGAGCAGACCGCCGGCACUCUUCAUCUUACACCUCACCACCUCAUCUUCGUCACAACUCCUCCUGCACCAAGCCCGGCUGAAGCAGAAGGUCAGAACAGCAAGGCUGUUGCACCUAAACCCAGAGAACUUUGGAUCACAUAUCCAAUCAUCCAGUUCUGCACCUUCCGCCCGUCUCCGACGACUAGUCGACAACCCAGCAGUAUCCGCUUACGUUGUCGGGACUUCUCAUACGUCUGCUUCUACUUCCAAGACGAGCGCAAGGCUCGGGAUGUCUUUGACAGUACCAAAGCGUUCACCUGCAAGUUGGGCAGAAUCGAGAAGUUGUAUGCAUUCUCAUACACACCAACAGGGCCGGAGAAAGCAUUCAGUAAGAUCAAUGGCGGAGGCUGGAGUGUCUAUGACCCUAUGCGGGAAUGGCGGCGACAAGGCGUUGACAAGAACAAGGCCUGGCGAAUCACCAAGAUCAACAAGGACUAUGCAUUCUCCGACACCUAUCCCGCCACCCUUGCAGUGCCGUCAGCAAUAUCAGACAACACUCUGAAUUACGCAAAGCCAUAUCGGUCUCGGCACCGCAUACCAGCUCUCGCAUAUCUGCAUCCAGUCAACAACUGUACAAUCACGAGAUGUUCUCAGCCCAUGGUCGGGGUUGGGGGAAAACGCAGUAUUCAGGACGAGAAGCUUGUGGCUGCCAUAUUCAAUACCACCAGAGCACAACGUCCACUCAGCGGCUUUGCCACGCCUCCUCCAGAUCGAGAAGUGUCCGAGGAUGAUCCUCUCGCCCUACCUCAGCCUCCAUCUCUUCAAAGUGAUUUUUCGAAUUCGGAAGCACUGGAAGACGCGGUGAUCCAUCAGUUGAAACACGACAGUGAAAUGCCAAAGCAUGAAGUAUCGGAGGAGGACAGACCAAAGGUCUACGGCGCCCAGCAACGCAAUCUGAUCAUUGAUGCGCGGCCCACGCUCAAUGCUAUAGCUAUGCAAGCGAUGGGCGCAGGUUCGGAGGAUAUGAAGAACUACGCGUUCGCAUGGAAGGAUUUCUUGAAUAUUGACAACAUCCACGUCAUGCGUGACAGUCUGAACAAGGUGAUUGAUGCACUCAAAGACUCUGAUCUGACACCCAUCGGUCCCAACAAGGAAGCCCUGCACAACAGCAAAUGGAUUAAGCAUAUCGCCAACAUGAUGGACGGUGUGGGCAAAAUAGCGCGCCAAGUAGGGCUGCAGCACUCACAUGUUUUGAUACACUGCUCAGACGGGUGGGAUCGCACCAGUCAGCUAAGUGCUUUGAGCCAGAUAUGUCUCGAUCCAUACUAUCGCACGAUGGAGGGUUUCAUUGUUCUGGUCGAGAAGGACUGGCUGUCAUUCGGUCACCGCUUUCGGUACCGGAAUGGACCUCUGGGAUCCGACAAGUGGUUCCACAUUGAGAAUGAACGAGUGAUAGCGCGCAAUGAAGACGACGACCGCGAUGAUGAGCCAGAUCGUGGCCGUGCAGCCGACGCAUUUCAAGGAGCACAAAAAUCACUCGGAAAUGCAUUUCUGAGCGCCAAAGGAUGGUUCAAGCAAGACAAUGACAGCCGGGAGUCUCUCGCUAUCGACAGCGAAGCUGAGGUAGCUAGUAUCGCCGACGGAACGCCAGUCAAGCGGGUCGCCAGUGCAAGUGGCAAGGGCGAUAAGAACGUCACAAAACCAAAGGAGAUAUCGCCUAUUUUUCAUCAAUUCCUCGAUGCGACCUACCAGUUGCAAUAUCAGUAUCCCACUAGGUUCGAAUUCUCGGAACGCUUUCUGCGGCGACUACUUUACCACCUCUACUCGUGUCAGUAUGGCACAUUUCUGUUCGACAACGAGAAAGAUCGCAAGGAGGCUAAGAUCAGCGACCGUACUAGAAGCGUAUGGGACUAUUUCCUCUCGAGGAAGGAGCAGUUCUUGAACCCAAAGUACGACCCAGAUGUUGAUGACAACGUUCGCGGCAAGGAGAGACUGAUCUUCCCACGCAUCGCCGAGACACGAUGGUGGCACGAGCUAUUCGGUCGCACAGAUGACGAGAUGAACGGCGCUCUCUUCAAUACGCAGAGCAGCACCACCGCCGCUAUUGGUGCGAAACCUGCAGGUGUUAAUGGUACAAGCGACGCGGAAAGCGAGAUGAGCUCCUACGGCAUGCAGAGCCAAGUCAGUCCCAGCGGACCAAUCAGCCGAGCUAGGACGCCGGUCUUGACCGGUGCUGAGACUACUGAGGCUGGCAUUGGGGUUGCUGCUAGUUCGCCGCCAAAGACACAGGCCCUUGAGGCUCAGCCAGUGAGUAACGGGACAGUGACUGAAGCCAAACAGACGCCAGUGGCCGUCACGGAGGAUGAGUCAGCGUGCACAACUCUCGGAGUACCCGACAGCACAAGUCAGCAAUAUCCGCAAGAACCAGUCGCCCUUCCUGUUGAGUCAGGGAAAGACACGCCCUCCGCACCGGAGAAGAUCGCACCUGAGAACAACGCUUUACCAGCAAAGCCAACAACACCUGGAGAUAUCUCUGGAUCCAUCGAUUUGGCACCUCAACAAGAGCAAGCCAUCUUGCAAGAAGAACUUGAGCAAGGUCAAGGUCCGAGCGCCGAGACACUGGCUGAAGACUUCGACCCGCUAGGCAUCGGCGACGUCAAAGAGCAUAUCCCGGCUGUGAAGAACAGAGCUCUGGAGCGGCAGGAGAAGCGUAAGGCGCAGAUGGAGGCUUUGUUGCAGUGA